CAAACAAUAUAUAAGUAGUCGGGUUGCAAACGGAGUAUGGACCGGACACAAAGGAGAUCGAUGGAUCAAACCCGGUGAAAGAAAAGAAAAAUACUACUCCUCAGUAAUAAUAAGGACGGCCGGGCCGGAAAAGGAUUUAAGGGAUAUCAGAAGAAGAAGAUUGUGAGGUCAGGAUGAUAGUUGAGAGGUGGAGGAACGCCGGCGCCGCCAUUGCCAGCUUCCUCUUCGUUUGGAAGAUUGUACGGAAAUACUUGCCGCCGGGGCUGCUUAACAUCGUGAAGAGAUGGACGCGGAAGUGGAGUGUGCUUUUCAACCCCUACGUACAAAUCUCAAUCGACGAGUAUAUCAAGAAGAAUAUGGGGCCUCACGCCGCCUAUGCGGCGGUGGAGGCUUACCUCAGCUCUAUCAAGUCCGUCAAAGAAGUCAACAGACUCAAAGCUCAGAUGGUGGGCGGCGGUGAGAACCAGCAGCUCCUCACGUUGAGCAUAGAUGCCGAUGAGAGGGUGGAUGACGAGUUCCGCGGGGCGAGCGUAGAGUGGGUUUCUGCCUCCCGAAAACCGCCACCGCAACUCAAGGAGUCUCCGUGGCAGCCGUCGGAGAAGAGGUGUUACAAUCUCAUUUUCCACAAGAAGUACCGGGACUUGAUCACAGACUCGUAUCUGGAUCAUGUGAUAAGAACCGGGGAAGAGUGGCAGGCGCGGUGUCGGAAGCAAAUGUUGUUCACAAAUGGCGGGUCCGGGAAGGCUCCGUGGAAGCAUGUCCCGUUCGAUCAUCCCGCGAGCUUUGAGAAUCUCGCGAUGGAUACAAAGAAAAAGAUGGAGCUAGUGGAGGACUUGGUGGCAUUCAAGGAGGGGAAGGACUUCUACCGGAGGAUCGGGAGAGCGUGGAAGCGCGGGUAUUUGCUCCACGGCCCUCCCGGAACCGGGAAAUCCACUCUCAUCGCAGCAAUGGCCAACUUGCUUCACUAUGACAUCUAUGACCUGGAGCUGACCUCGGUGAGUGACAACACUCACCUCAAGCAGCUCCUGGCGGAGACGACGGGCAAAUCCAUCCUCGUGAUCGAGGACAUUGAUUGCUCGCUCGACCUCACUGGAAAUAGAAUGAUGCAACACAAGGCAUCCACCGAGGAUGCCUCUGUUGCCCGCAACAAGAGCAACAACAGCGGGAGUAAAGUGACAUUGUCGGGGUUGCUGAAUUUCAUAGACGGGUUAUGGUCCUCGUGCAGCGAGGAGCGGAUAAUUGUAUUCACUACUAACCACGUGGAGAAAUUAGAUCCGGCCCUAACCCGGAGGGGGAGAAUGGACAAGCACAUCGAGCUGUCUUAUUGUACGUUUGAGGGAUUCAAAGUGCUAGCCAGGAAUUACCUCCAACUGGAAGAUCACCCCAUGUUUGAAUCCAUCAAGGAGUUGCUCAUGAAGGAGACCAAUAAGAUCACACCUGCGGAUGUUGCUGAAAACCUCAUGCUCAUGACAUCCUCCUCGUGUCUUCAUCAUGACGCUGCAAACAGGUGCCUCCAAAACUUGGCUCAAGCACUCCAACAAGCCAACCCAAAUGAAAGAAUACAUCAACUUAUGGAUUAAGUGACAUACCGAGUAUUGUAUUUACCGAGUAAAGCACCAAAAUUAGAAUUCAUGUUUCAAAAUUGGUGUGAAAACUACGGUUGUCAUUUAAAAAUGUGGUACUGUACUUACCAUUCAUUUAAUUGGUCCAAAUCAUUCUACUCAUUUGAUUGGUACCGCAACAUUAUGAUUAUUUCAUGUAAAUAAAGGUAUGGUACCUUCAAGGUAUCAUAGAAUUUACCUUUAAGCUUUUACAAUAAUUAAAACUAAAAAGAUGAGAGUAGAAAAUAUCCUUUUUAGGGUUGAACUUUGAGACAAUCAUCAUGUACUUCAUACUAUUAUCUUUUUCAAUAUAUGACUAGUAUUUUUUUCUUCUAAA